AGAGCGCAAUCGGCUCGUGGUUCAGUGCAAGAUACAGGGAAGGGAAGCGGAAGCGGGAGCGGGAGCGGGAGCGAUUUGAUUUGGCGGUCGAUUGAUUGAUCGGUUGGUUGAUUGGCAGUCUUCGUCUUCCGAAUUCAAUUGACGAAGAUGGAUACGAAUGCAAUUCACAAGGCAGUGAAGGAUUGGCCGACGGCUUUCUUGAAGAAGGCCAAGGUGAUCACGCACUGGGGUUUCAUUCCCUUGAUCAUCAUAAUUGGAAUGCGCAGCGAACCCAGGCCGCAUAUUUCGCAGUUGCUCAGCCCUAUGUAAAUGACCCGAUUUCAAAAUGGGCAGGGCUUGAAUGUCUCGAUCACGGAGGUGGUUUCGCCUACGAUCGAUGUUUUAGUGGAGGAGUGUCACGAUCGCCUAAUUGCUCAAAAUCCUCAUCGAUGUGCUUUCCAGCCAAGUAAGUGAGCUGGUUUUUCUGGAUUGAAGGCAUGGCUGAGUCUCUUGAAGCAUCAGAGCUACGUUUUGGAAUGAUGAACCAUUUGGGUGUGGAAAUUAUCGUUACUUGAUGAUUACGGAGCGAAAUGUGUCCUCAGAGCGCUUACAACGAGAGGAAUGUAGUGUAGGAAGGGAAUAUAGCUGAUUGUGAACUUCAAUUUUCGGAUCACAUUGUAGAGGGCUUUGAAGUCUAAUACUUCAAACUUUAUCUUAUGUAUCUUACUAUCGCCGACUCGCAUAGACUUUAAGUUGAAUGUAUCAGGCUUCGUCAAUACCCAGGUUUUGACUCAAAUUUCUGCGAUAUUCGAUCUUCUUAGUUGAUGUUGCAAUUGGGUGGCAUGAUAUUGUCUGCACUCGAAUCUUAUUGAUCUUCAUAACAUUUAUCAGUGAAAGACGGCUCUUGUGAUCUGUCAUGGAAAUCCAGGCAUCUGUCGGAUCGGCUUUUUCUUCUU